CGCGCGGUGCUUGGCGUACUUAGAGGCCGUAGUUUCGCAGAUUUUGAAGGUUUCAAAGUUUUGUCUGUAAGAAGCAAAAUAGCGACAGUGUCCUGUUUCCUCGACAGAUGUAUGCAGUGCCAACCAUGGCCAAGGGAUGGCUCUUCUCCUUCUCUGGACUGUUGACUUUGGCUGCUGCCCAGAGCAGUGAUCUUCCGUGGCGAGCCCAUCACUCGAGCUUCGCGACGGACAAAGGAGUCGUGUUUGUGGGCGGCAGAACCGAUCAGAACGUUCCGCUUUCUCUUGGUGCACAAGAUGAGUCCAAGUCGAGGUUCAGAGGAGACACGAGAACAUGGCUUCUGUCAGCUCAGGACAUGAAUAUAUCACAGCUCUCCGCUCACUACACUCCUAGCAUCGGGCAACAUUGUGUCACCACCGAGGACAAAAAGCGGGCGUUCUGUACGGGAGGAUUUAGGGAUGACGGGAACAACCAUGCUCCGACCACGAACGGGAUAUGGGUUUACGAUACGACGACUGAUGUGGCGACGACUGUGGACAAUGCGGAUAGACUGUUUAGUCGGGCUUUCCAUACGUCUGUUGUACUAAACAAGUCACUGUACUUGAUCGGUGGUAUCGAUUGCUUGCAAUGCACGAAUCCAUGGCUUUUCUCCGCCGCUCAGACAGUCGUCUACGACGUAGGUACAAAAGCUGCGUCCACUUUACCCCUGAAGGGAAAAUUGGCGCCACUUCAGAUGCUGGGAGCAUGUGCCGUUGCCCUGCCCGACAACACAGCGUUAUUAAUCGGAGGGGAUGAGAUGGUGCCGCUUGUGGCACCUAUUGCGCAUCAACUAUGGCGGUUCGAUCCCAGGGAUCCCAGCAAAACCUUCGCACCGGUCAGGGGCGUAACUGGGACCGGCCCGCUUGGGAGAUGGGGAAUGUCGUGUGCAUUGGGAGGGGAUGGAACGACAGUCUGGGUACAUGGGGGAUGCGAUGGUGUCACUGGCCUACCUCCUUCCGAUCCUGCUAUCUACACCCUUGAUACAACGACAUGGAAGUGGUCGGUGGUAGAGCAGUCAAAGAAAGAGGGGCCCGGCCCACGGUGUUUUGCGGCAUCGGCCUUUGUCAACGAUGUCUUUAUGGUGCAUGGCGGAUACUCUACGUCGGGCCUUCUCGGCCUUAAGAGUCCUCUCGGACCACCAAAUCGAUCCCGCUCGAAGGAUCCGGCGUCAGAGCCGACGGCGAGUGUGCCUUCGAGGAUCCCGACGGCCACAGCCGUGCCAAACAGCCCCCAGCCCAGCUCACCUGCAGUGUCAAAAGGGGAACCGGUCCCGUCCGGGUCUGCACUGCCCCCAUCGGGGCAUCGGGAUCCUCCCGUACCGGAUAUAACAAACUGGCCACUGGCACGUCCCAACUAUCUGCAUGGCGUCAAAAACGGAAGGGUGUCGACCGGUUUCGCUGCGAAAUGGGACGAUCUUACGGCGAAAUGGGAUGAUUUCUCGGACAAUCACCGGCGUCUUGCGCGACGACAAGCACAAGUGUCAACGAGCGACACGAAGAUGUUCUUCUUCGACACGCGGAAAUCAGCGUGGACAGCUCCCACCAGCCUGCUAGCCACCAACGCUCAGACGUCCACCGCGCAACCAUCAACCGCGCAACCUCCAACCGCUCAACCGCCAACCACACAAUCGCAAGCCGGGCAGCCUCAAACGAGUGGAACCCCCAACACCGUCGUAACGGUCGCAGAGUCGGAAGCAACGACCAUGAACUCCAGCAAAACCGUAGCGAUCAUACUCGGAGUUAUUGCUUCCAUGGUCCUGGCAGGGGCGGCGUUCUUCGGAAUGGUGGUCUAUGUGUGGAAAGAGGAGGAUUUCAAAGGGAUAUACCGCGGGCUAGCCAAAAAAGCGCGAAGGGCCGGCAAGGCAAAAGCCUUCCGUUUCAAGACGAAGCGCAGUGGCAAAAACGGGGGCGGUGUUGCAACGACAAUGAACAUCAGUUCGCCAGACUACGACAGUUCCUCCACGCUCGUCAACCCAGAGCGAAAUGUCGUCAUCCCCUUGCUUGCACCACUCAAUUUCGACCACGGACCUGGGUUUUGGAAUGAAGCCAGUUUCCCGAUGAAUGAGAACCGCCCGGAGGAUCUUUCUGACUUGACCCGCGAAGUCGGGGACAUCGGCGGGCUACGGAUUGACCGGGAUCCUGAAGGAGGCUCGGCCGUACCGCAGAGAAGCGAAUCAAAGCGAUCGCCAACAGGCCUCAGACCACCGCAGGACACAGCAAUCAGCAAUGCGAUCACCGGAAUGAUCGACUCAACGGUUGGCAGAAACCAGGGGCAGGCGUCAAGUAGCUACUCUGGGUACACCUUCGAGCAGCCACUCACCUACCAGGUCGUGUACCCCCACUGGCCGCGCAUGCCAGAUGAGAUUGAGCUCCUCCCGAACGACCCGGUAGCGGUAAAGAAGAUCUACCGUGAUGGGUGGUGUCGUGGCAAGAAUCUUCGAACAGGCCAAUCGGGCAUGUUCCCAUUGCUUGCCAUUGAUGAUGCAGAGGAGGAAGACACUGAGGAUGUGGCGGGGUGGUGGGAUGACAGUGGGGUGCUUUCGCAAGGGCGGCCUCCUCAUGAUGAAUCGCACUCAUCCGAGAAGGAGAAAGCGAGCGAGCAUGUUAUCCAUGUCCAGUCGAUCGAGCCACUUGUGAGUACACACCAAUUGCGGAUUAGUCCAAGUGAUCAUUUAGGCUGAUAAUGGUCGCGUCUCCGCAGAAUGCAACUUCAACAUAACCCCCGCAAAGCCCUCCACUGU